AUGACAGCUAAGUCAAUGAAGAGCAUAAUAUCUGUGCCAAUAUCAGUGUCUAAAACAGCAAAAAUGAAGCUAACGGCAUCUCCAGAUAAUCUAGCAUCCAUGAUGUCCAAAGACCAAAAUAAACUUAUUCAUUUAGACCCAGUCCCAUCUUUCAAAGACAGGCAUGAAAUCAAACCGUGGCUACAGAAAAUAUUUUAUCCUCAAGGAAUCGAUAUAGUCAUCGAAAGAUCAGAUACUAGCAAAGUGACUUUUAAGUGCAGGUCCGUACGAUCGAACGUAGGGUUGAACCCUAAAUCUAAAGGUAAUUCUUCAAGGUCGCAUGCGUGUCCAUUUAGAAUUAGAGCCGCCUACUCUGUGCGGUUACAGAAGUGGAACGUGGUCGUUAUGAAUAACAUACAUGCGCAUGAGCUAAGGUUUGAUUUGAUCACUAAAACAGACGACUAUAAAAAGUUCAAGGAAAAUCUUCGUCAGAAGAAUGACGAAAAAGCUAUCAAAACAUUUGACGAAUUAGAAUAUAAGACAAGCUUAAACUUACCACUCGUUAGCCCCAUUAUAUCCUGUGACUGUGGCUUAACCAAGGAAAUUGAAGCUUUCAAUAACAUUUUUCUCCCAUUAUCAAACCCCCCCUUGACGUCUAAAAAAAAUUUGGUCAAAACGAAUAAGAACUCCGUCUUCAAAAUAAACUCUAGACAUAUGGACAAUUCAAAACAUAAGCCAAGGUUGAAAAAGAAGUUGAAUCCAGAUCUACGUACUACCGGAUUUUUGGACAAUUUUAGGACACAGAAUUCAUGUGUACCGAUGGGAAACGAAGAAUCUUUAAUGAACUUGAACGAAAUUGAUUUCACCAAUAUGUUUUGUAAUGAUAAUCCUAUCCAAAAUUCUAAUACAGGGAUGGACUUUUUUCCGGACCUUACUCCAGGUCCUACUUCCUCUUUUAUAUUUCCUUCAACACCAACAGAGCCCUUUCCACCGAACAAAACGGCUCUAGCCGCUUCGGAAUCAACAACAUCCUCCCCAAAUUUCAUGGAAACAGAUGUUACUAAUGGGGACGAGAUCAAACUUUCCAAAGAUACCAAAAGUAACGCGCCAACUUCUGAUACAGAUAUCACUACUAAUUUAGGCAAGGAGAGAAACGAAAAUUUUGGCAUACUAAACUACAACUACGAAGCAUUGCUUCACUUCAAUGAUGAGCAGUUUAAUGAAUUGAACUCUAUUGAUCCGGCUUUGAUAUCAAAGUAUUAA